GGAGCGCGCGCGCGCGCAUGGUGCACGCGCGUCCAUGCGAGUAAUCGACCAGCUUCGGCGUCGGGCUCUCGGCGAUGUGCCGCGGAUGAAUCUUACAAUAAGCGUGCCUGGGCGUACCUAGGCGCGUAUUGGGUGCUCCACGCGAUCGGAGAACGAUUUCGCUCUAAUCGGCACGCGUUUUCCCGGGCGUUUUUCCUGAAAAUCCCUCCACGUAAGCGUAGGUGGAGAUUGCUCGUCUCGCGUGGUUAUGAUUGGUCAUACUCGCGUUGGCAAAUCGAUAGCCAGCUACGAUAAUUGGGCGUUCGAUUAUCAGAUUAUUAUCCGGUUAUCAGCUUCUGCCUGUCUCGUGUUGCAUUGAUAUAUAUAUAUAUGUACUUUAUUCGUAUUGUAUUACGCAUUUAUGUAUGUUAAAUUUGAUGGGCUAGUGCUCGCACUCGAGCAUGACUAGAACUCGCGGUGGAAUUACGUCAUUACGCGUAUCUUUGGGAAAUCGACUCAUGGAUCCCGAAAUCCUGUCCAGACUGAUCCCGCAGAACAAGGAGCAAGUACGACCGGCGUGUAAAAAAUGCGGUUACGCCGGACACUUAACCUAUCAAUGCCGCAAUUUUAUCAAGGUCGAUCCCAACAAGGAGAUCGUGCUGGACGUCAGCAGCACGAGUUCCGACAGCGACGAAAAUUACGUGACCCCGCUGACGGAAUUGCGGGAACGUGAGUUGAAGAAGAAGCUAAAGGACGCCAAGAAGAAGCGCAAGGAGAAGAAGACCAAGAAGAGACGUAAGAAACGCGAGAGCAGCCCGGAGAGCGACAGCGAGUCUGAGAGUGAAUCGAGCGAGGAGGAGAAGCGGCGGAAACAGAAGAAGAGAAAGAAAAGCUCCAAGCACAAGAAGCGCAAGAGGCAGAGGAAGAGCAGCUCGUCCGAGGGCAAUAACGACGGUGAUAAGAAAUGAUCGUUCGUGACCGAGCUUCGGACGCGAUUCCCAAUUGCCGUUAUCGUCGAGUGCGAUUUACGUGACCGUGAUCUGCAUAUUUUUAUGUGUUUCUUUGAUGUAACGAUGGAGAAUAAAUAUUAACAUGUUUCUUCUAAUCGUUGGGUCAAAUUUAGAAAUAAAAGUGCAUAUAUGUACGUGUACGUGCGAGGCACAAUGCGUUACUUUUAUACUCCAUGUUGCAAAAAUAAAAAAAUACGUUAGUAUCGCAGAAA